CUCGGUAUGUGAAAUAAUGGCUGCGGCCGGUUUGGCCAGUCUUUGUAGAAGAGUCUCAACCACCCUGAAGGUUUCCAGGUCGUUACUAACGCCUCAGGUCCCUGCCAGCUCAAGUUGCAGGUUUUCUCUUAGUUUGUUGCCUGAGAAUACACGCAGUGUCACAUCCCUUCAGCAGUGUAGGUUACUUCAUACUACAUUGUCAAGGAAAGGACUGGAAGAAUUUUUUGAUGACCCAAAGAAUUGGGGGGAAGAAAAAGUAAAAUCUGGAGCAGCAUGGACUUGUCAGCAAUUAAGGAACAAAAGUAACGAAGACUUACAUAAACUUUGGUAUGUCCUGCUGAAAGAGAGAAAUAUGCUGCUCACCCUGGAACAGGAGGCCAAGCGGCAGAGGUUACCAAUGCCAAGUCCAGAGCGGUUGGAGAAGGUAGUAGAGUCCAUGGAUGCAUUAGAUAAAGUUGUUCAGGAAAGAGAAGAUGCCCUAAGGCUUCUUCAGACUGGUCAAGAAAAUGCUAGACCUGGUGCUUGGAGAAGAGACAUUUUUGGAAGAAUCAUUUGGCACAAGUUCAAGCAGUGGCCUAUACCUUGGUACCUGAAUAAAAGAUACAACAGGAAACGAUUCUUUGCAAUGCCUUAUGUGGACCGUUUUGUCAGACUGAGAUAUGAGAAACAAGCCCGUAUUACAGCAAGAAAGAAAAGUUUAGAGAAAAAGAAAGAAAAAUUUCUUCAAGAGAAGUUCCCACAUCUUUCUGAAGCUCAGAAGUCAAGUCUUGCCUAAGAUGUUUGAAUUCUUAAUGUAUCAUUUUGUUUAUCAUGCGUAAUAGUCUAUAUUUUAAAAUAAAUGUAUGUUAUGUGGUUUGUAAAGAAAUUGUGCUUUUAGUCAAAUGACUUUACUUGUAGUCAGUUGUUCUAAGUGUUAAUAUGAUGUGCUAGUUCUGGAAGUGGUCAUGCUUCUACCAAACUUGUAAAAAAUCAGGUAUAAAUUCAGAUAUAAAAUUCUGAAGCAGGCUUGAAUGUUACCUGUCUUAUAUAAAGUGUGAAAGUGAUGUUAA